GGAGGUGUGGCCAUCUCAGAUCUCAGCUGCAGUGAAAUGUCUUUCGAUCGAGCUUUCGAUGCUUUCUUGUCAUCUCCUCCAACAAUAAAGGAACUAACGGGGCAUGUUGAUGCUAGUACUAACUGGUACAUAAUUGGUACAAUGCUUGACUUGGAUCAGAAACGAUUGAGAAGUAUUGAAGCACUAGCUGGCCACACUGACACUCACAAGAUGAUAGAGAUGUUCAAUCUAUGGCUGACCACUACUCCUACUGCUAGUAGGAGGCAAGUGUUAGAUGUAUUGAGAAUAAGAGUAGUGGGAGAGAAUACACUCGCUGAUGAAUAUGAAAAGCAUUUGAAAGAAUUGCAUGAAACUAUUUAUAUGUCACCAUCCACUGAAGCAGUUUCUAUUCUUCAAAGGAAUAUUGAAUCAUUGAAUGAAGCUCUUGUCUCUCCUGUACAAGUGUCUCAACUGUUAUACUGUAAGAGAUGUAUAAGUGAAGCUACUCUGGAUGAAAUGGAGAGGAUAGAUCAGAGGAGGUCACUGGAUGACAAGAAGACCACUCUAUUGACUGCCAUGCAAGAAACAGUGUCUAGCGACUACAGGAAACUUAAAGAUAUUGCUACAGUGCUGUCUGAUGUUGAACAAACAAGAGAUAUAGCCAAUGAAAUCAUGACCAAAUAUGAAGAGACAAUUCCUCAAGAGGAUGAUAGUACAGUAGUACAACCACAGGAGGUAGUAGGUGGUAAUGAAGAUCGUGCUAGUGAUAUAUUGAGGAAUAAUUACAGUGCUCUCUCUCAGUCAAUUACUGAACCAGUUCGUGUGGCAAAGUGGCUUCAUGAAGAGGUUAACCUCAUCUCUGAUGAGGAUCUAUCUUGUGUCAUGUCUACCAGUAGAGCAGUUCUCCUCAAAGCUGUACGAGAUGCUGUUCACUCCAAUUACAAACACCUGGAGUUGUUUGUUACUGUAUUGAGGAAGUUCUCAGAGACUACUCAUAUUGGAGAUACUAUCUUUGAAGAAUACAGAAAGCAUUUUUGCUAUUAUGAUGAUGAUGUUGAAGAGAGUGAAUGUUACUUGUCAUCCAGAUCCACAUCUAAUCCAGAAAGUUCAUCAUUUGUCGACAGAGAAAUUGAUAAACAUGGUGAUCAUAAAAUCCUCUUCCCUCAUUAUAUGAAGAAAAAGUUUCAAGUCAUGAGAAUGAAGUUUGGCUCUACAUUUUUUCAAGUCCGAAGAAUUUUUGCAAGAAUGAAAAGCGUUAAUAUUGAUGAAGUCAAGGACCUUAUUAGUGACUGGUUUUCUGAUCUGAAGCCUCAGCUUUCUGAUAAGAAGACAAUUAAUGACGUUUUGAAUGUACUAAAGAGGAAGUGCAGUAUCAUUAACUUACAUCCUCUUGAAAAUUUAGCCUCUGAGUUGAACAUAGAAGAGGCUGAGCCAAUCAUUAAGUUAUACAAAGAGAAAGCUAAGGAUUUCUGCAUGUCAAUAUCAGUGAGUCUUUGCCUUGGUGAGGAGCUACAGGCAGUUGCUACUUCAUCUUGCCUUUUAUGUGAAACAGUUGUAUUUAUCUUCAACUGGGAUCCUGAUGAACAUACACUGCAGGAUAUCAAUGAUGUGUUGUUGGAGUUGGAGCCACUUAAUAGAUUUAAGUACCACUUACAGAUUGAUAAAGUAGACCUAGUUGAUAAUGAUCAAUCAGUUGUAGAUCUAUUUAAACAAACACAGACGUCAUUAACAUCAGGUGAUAUUGAUGACUUAAAUAAAGAAAUUAAAGCGAAAGAUCAAGAGAUUGAAAAUUUUAAAGCUAUUAUUAGAGAAAAAGAGAUGAAAUCAGACACUGAAGUUAUGGAUUUACAAUAUACCCUCAAAGAUAAAGAAGAAAAGAUGACUGCUGUCAUAAAAAAAUAUGAGUUUGUUCAACAACAAUUAAAUGCAAAGGAUGAUGAGGUCAAUGCACUCACUAGUGAGUUAGCAUCAGUUAAAGAAUUAUCAGAGAGUCAGCUACAACAAAUAGAAAAAUUAAAAUUAAGACUUGAAGAGAGUCACAAGAUCAUUGAUGAAAAAGAUUCAGAGUUUGACUCAAUGCAAAAAAAAACUGAUGAAGACAAAUGAAGGUACAUGAGGAUUUUCUAUAUAAUUAAAAAUGUUGUAUACAGCAACUUGUAAUGUUAUUACAUCAUUUGACCCAUCUCAACAAAAACUAGAUAUAACAAAAGCUGUUGAUGUUUUGAAUGCUUUAAAGUUAUUUGAUACUAAGAAAUGGAAAACAUUAGGACUUAAUUUGGGACUUUAUUUAACAACGCUAAAUAAAUUUACUGAAGAUCACUUGACAAAUACAGUUGGAGCUUGGUUGAGUUGUGAAGAUGAUGUUAUGGAAAAAGGAGGAGCGACUUGGCAAAACUUGAUCAAAGCUGUUGAAGAUACUGGUGAUAAAGCUACAGCUGAAGAAAUUCGCAAAAAAUUGUAACUAAAAUAGUCAAAGUUUCAAAAUGCAUUAUAGCAUAAUUUUUGUACUUCUCUUUAUUAAUAUGAUUGCUAAUUUCCAA